GUUCCUUUGAUGAGCACUACAGCAACUGUGGUUAUAGUGUGGCUCUAGGGACCAAUGGGUUCACCUGGGAGCAGAUUAACACAUGGGAGAAACCAAUGCUGGACCAGGCGGUGCCCACAGGAUCUUUCAUGAUGGUGAACAGCUCUGGGAGAGCCUCUGGCCAGAAGGCCCACCUUCUCCUGCCGACCCUGAAGGAGAAUGAUACCCACUGCAUCGACUUCCAUUACUACUUCUCCAGCCGUGACAGGUCCAGCCCAGGGGCCUUGAACGUCUACGUGAAGGUGAAUGGUGGCCCCCAAGGGAACCCCGUCUGGAAUGUGUCCGGGGUCGUCACUGAGGGCUGGGUGAAGGCAGAGCUCGCCAUCAGCACUUUCUGGCCGCAUUUCUAUCAGGUGAUAUUUGAAUCCGUCUCAUUGAAGGGUCAUCCUGGCUACAUUGCUGUGGACGAGGUCCGGGUCCUUGCUCAUCCGUGCAGAAAAGCACCUCAUUUUCUGCGACUGCAAAACGUGGAGGUGAAUGUGGGGCAGAAUGCCACAUUUCAGUGCAUUGCUGGUGGGAAGUGGUCUCAGCAUGACAAGCUUUGGCUCCAGCAAUGGAAUGGCAGGGACACGGCCCUGAUGGUCACCCGCGUGGUCAACCACAGGCGCUUCUCAGCCACGGUCAGUGUGGCAGACACUGCCCAGCGGAGCGUCAGCAAGUACCGCUGUGUGAUCCGCUCUGACGGUGGUUCUGGUGUGUCCAACUACGCGGAGCUGAUUGUGAAAGAGCCUCCCACGCCCAUUGCUCCCCCAGAGCUGCUGGCUGUGGGGGCCACAUACCUGUGGAUCAAGCCAAAUGCCAACUCCAUCAUCGGGGAUGGCCCCAUCAUCCUGAAGGAAGUGGAAUAUCGCACUACCACAGGCACCUGGGCGGAGACCCACAUAGUCGACUCUCCCAACUACAAGCUGUGGCAUCUGGACCCCGACGUUGAGUAUGAGAUCCGAGUGCUCCUCACACGACCAGGUGAGGGGGGUACCGGACCGCCAGGGCCUCCCCUCACCACCAGGACCAAGUGUGCAGAUCCGGUGCAUGGCCCACAGAACGUGGAAAUCGUAGACAUCCGAGCCCGGCAGCUGACCCUGCAGUGGGAGCCCUUCGGCUACGCGGUGACCCGCUGCCAUAGCUACAACCUCACCGUGCAGUACCAGUACGUGUUCAACCAGCAGCAGUACGAGGCCGAGGAGGUCAUCCAGACCUCCUCCCACUACACCCUGCGAGGCCUGCGCCCCUUCAUGACCAUUCGCCUGCGACUCCUGCUGUCUAACCCCGAGGGCCGAAUGGAGAGCGAGGAGCUAGUGGUGCAGACUGAGGAAGACGUUCCAGGAGCUGUUCCUCUAGAAUCCAUCCAAGGGGGGCCCUUUGAGGAGAAGAUCUACAUCCAGUGGAAACCUCCCAAUGAGACCAAUGGGGUCAUCACACUCUAUGAGAUCAACUACAAGGCUGUUGGCUCGCUGGACCCAAGUGCUGACCUCUCCAGCCAGAGGGGGAAAGUGUUCAAGCUCCGGAAUGAAACCCACCACCUCUUUGUGGGUCUGUACCCAGGGACCACCUAUUCCUUCACCAUCAAGGCCAGCACAGCAAAGGGCUUUGGGCCCCCCGUCACCACUCGGAUCGCCACCAAAAUUUCAGCUCCAUCCAUGCCUGAGUACGACACAGACACCCCACUGAAUGAGACAGACACGACCAUCACCGUGAUGCUGAAACCCGCUCAGUCCCGGGGAGCCCCUGUCAGUGUUUAUCAGCUGGUUGUCAAGGAGGAGCGACCACAGAAGUCACGGAGGGCAGCUGACAUUAUUGAGUGCUUUUCGGUGCCUGUGAGCUAUCGGAAUGCCUCCAGCCUCGAUUCUCUACACUACUUUGCUGCUGAGUUGAAGCCUGCCAACCUGCCUGUCACCCAGCCAUUUACAGUGGGUGACAAUAAGACAUACAAUGGCUACUGGAACCCUCCUCUCUCUCCCCUGAAAAGCUACAGCAUCUACUUCCAGGCACUCAGCAAAGCCAAUGGAGAGACCAAAAUCAACUGUGUUCGUCUGGCUACAAAAGCACCAAUGGGCAGCGCCCAGGUGACCCCGGGGACUCCACUCUGCCUCCUCACCACAGGUGCCUCCACUCAGAAUUCUAACACUGUGGAGCCAGAGAAGCAGGUGGACAACACCGUGAAGAUGGCUGGCGUGAUCGCUGGCCUCCUCAUGUUCAUCAUCAUUCUCCUAGGUGUGAUGCUCACCAUCAAAAGGAGAAGAAAUGCUUAUUCCUACUCCUAUUACUUGAAGCUGGCCAAGAAGCAGAAGGAGACCCAGAGUGGAGCCCAGAGGGAGAUGGGGCCUGUGGCCUCUGCUGACAAACCCACCACCAAGCUCAGCGCCAGCCGCAAUGAUGAAGGCUUCUCUUCUAGUUCUCAGGACGUCAACGGAUUCACAGAUGGCAGCCGUGGGGAGCUUUCCCAGCCCACCCUCACGAUCCAGACUCAUCCCUACCGCACCUGUGACCCUGUGGAGAUGAGUUACCCCCGGGACCAGUUCCAGCCUGCCAUCCGGGUGGCUGACUUGCUGCAGCACAUCACGCAGAUGAAGAGAGGCCAGGGCUACGGGUUCAAGGAGGAAUACGAGGCCUUACCAGAGGGGCAGACAGCUUCGUGGGACACAGCCAAGGAGGAUGAAAACCGCAAUAAGAAUCGAUAUGGGAACAUCAUAUCCUACGACCAUUCCCGGGUGAGACUGCUGGUGCUGGAUGGAGACCCGCACUCUGACUACAUCAAUGCCAACUACAUUGACGGAUACCAUCGACCUCGGCACUACAUUGCAACUCAAGGUCCAAUGCAGGAGACCGUAAAGGACUUUUGGAGAAUGAUCUGGCAGGAGAACUCUGCCAGCAUCGUCAUGGUCACAAACCUGGUGGAAGUGGGCAGGCACCCAGCGGAACACACUGUGGGAAAUGCCACUCUAGGCCGUGCAGCGUCCCCCGGAAUGGUGAAAUGUGUGCGAUACUGGCCAGAUGACACGGAGGUCUACGGAGACAUUAAAGUCACCCUGAUUGAAACAGAGCCCCUGGCAGAAUAUGUCAUACGCACCUUUACAGUCCAGAAGAAAGGCUACCAUGAGAUCCGGGAGCUCCGCCUCUUCCACUUCACCAGCUGGCCUGACCACGGCGUUCCCUGCUACGCCACUGGCCUUCUGGGCUUCGUCCGCCAGGUCAAGUUCCUCAACCCCCCAGAAGCAGGGCCCAUAGUGGUCCACUGCAGUGCCGGGGCUGGGCGGACUGGCUGCUUCAUUGCCAUUGACACCAUGCUUGACAUGGCCGAGAAUGAAGGGGUGGUGGACAUCUUCAACUGCGUGCGUGAGCUCCGGGCCCAGAGGGUCAACCUGGUACAGACAGAGGAGCAAUAUGUGUUUGUGCACGACGCCAUCCUGGAAGCGUGCCUCUGUGGCAACACUGCCAUCCCUGUGUGUGAGUUCCGUUCUCUCUACUACAAUAUCAGCAGGCUGGACCCCCAGACGAACUCCAGCCAAAUCAAAGAUGAAUUUCAGACCCUCAAACAUUGUGACACACCGUGUGAGGCCCCGAGGACUGGCAGCCAGUUGGGCUCCUGCCCCCGGCAACGCAUGAUACUAGAAUCGAGCAUGGACGUGCUGCCUCUGGACCGCUGCCUGCCCUUUGCCUCAUCUCGGUGGACGGGAGAAUCCAGCAAUUACAUCAACGCGGCACUGCAUGCGAUGUAG